CCUCCUCUUUCUUCUCCGGCUGUCGGCGGCGAUGCUUACCCGCAGAGCCAAGAAGCGAAAAUCGCACGAAGCCGGAUUUGACGCCGGCAUCCGACCACCAGCGAGCGAGAACCGCGAGGCCGGAGAAGGGCCCGACCUGAUCAGCAACCUCCCCAACGGCGUUCUCCGCCACAUCAUCUCGCUCCUCCCCACCAAGGACGGGGCCCGCACCCAAUCCCUCUCCACCCAAUGGGGGCACCUCUUCCGCUCCGCCCCGCUCAACCUCGAGGUCGAGCUCCGCCGCGAAGACGAGCCCGCCCCAUCCAGCCUCGUCUCCCGCAUCCUCGCCGACCACCAGGCCCCCUGCCGCCGGCUCUCUCUCACCUGGUAUGGCUACAAAUCUGACUACGUCACCCCCUUUUUGAACGGCUGGCUCCAGUCGCCAGCCCUCAAUGACCUCCGUGAGUUGGAUCUAUGGCAAAACCGCAAGGAAAGCGGCAGGGAACGCUGGGUAGUGCCCAGGGAGGACCCUCAUACGCUGCCGCCAUCCGUGCUCCGGUUUUCGCCCACCCUCCGCAUCCUCAGCAUCAAUUCCACCGGUUACAUGAUCCAUUUCCCCUCCAUUGCCACCGUUGCCGGCGAUGUACAUUUCCACCUCAAGCAGCUCACCCUUAAAGGUGUCGUCAUCUCGGAGGGCUACCUCCACAGUAUUCUUGCUGGCUGCCCUGUGAUCGACAGCUUGGUGCUUAGUGAAUUGGAUGGUGUCCGUGGCGUUCGGAUCAACUCGUCCACCCUUAGGAGGCUAGGUGUAUCCUCUGGUUUUGUACAUGGACCAGAGGAAGUGUUGCAACAAGUGAUUAUUGAGGAUGCCCCUCUCCUAGAAAAGUUGUUUCUAUCUGGAUUAGACAGUGACCUAUCCAUCAGUUUGGUUUGUGCACCUAAACUGGACUUCUUGGGUUCUCUGCCAGAAGGGUUCACCAAAGUCAAGCUUGAAACCACAGUUCUUCAGAGAAUUGUUGCUGUCAGCUUGAAGAGUGUGGUGUCUACUGUUAAAGUUUUAGUUUUGCGCAUGUCCCCUGCAAGUGUUGAUGACGCCAUUGACUAUGCGACAUUAUUUCCUUGCUUGGAGAAGUUAUAUGUCUUGUUAUAUCGGGUUGGGGCAUCAAAAAGAGCACGACACCAUUUUCCACUCGAUCAUACUGAAUGCUUUGAACUGCAUCUAAAAAAAAUAGUGCUGAUGAAUUAUCAAGGAACUCCGAGAGAUUUAUAUUUUGCAAGGUUUUUUCUUUUGAAUGCAAAAGUGCUAGAACAUAUGGUGUUCGCAUCAUUCUGAAUGGAUAGUUGAUCAACAAAGAAAACUACAGCUGGAUAAGAGGGCUUCUGAAGGUGCUCAGUUUGAUUUUGUGGUUGAUUCUUACUUCGGUGAUGAUAUACAUAUUGGCCACAUCCAUGAUUUGACUGCUGCCGAUCCCUUUGAUAGUUCGUUAUGUUGAUUCCGUCAUGUUAGUUUCCUUUGAGAGUUCUGCCUUAGUUAUUUUAUGGUAUCAGAAACUUUAGAAGGCAUCUGUGAUGUUAAUGUUUACUUCUGUUGGAACAGCUGUAUGCCAUUGCCAUUUGUACCAUUUCGGUUUCUAUAUUUUUUAUUCAGUAA